AUGGCUUCCAAGAAUUCAGUCAACAAACCAAAACUAACGGUCAACGUAAGCAAGCGUAACCAGCACAAGGCCAACAAGAGGGCGCAGAUGGAGAAGAACGGCGAGUUCCAGCCUUCCCGUUCGUCGGGCAACUUCGUCAGUAACCAAGUCAAGAGUAUCCCGGUGCAAUUGUACUUCAAGGACGAAAGUUCGUUGAACUCUUCCAACUCGAACCUGAGCAGCGCCACCACCACCAAGACCCUGUCGAAGAAGAGAGCCAAGAAGAUUGCCAGAAACUUGAAAUACGUCCAACAGAGAAAGCUGCUAGUUGACGUACAGGCCAAACACGAAAACGACAUGGCCAUUGACGCCGAUUCCGUCGCCAAGGUAGAAAGACAGAAGGGUAACGGCAAAGAAAAAACCGUGCUGGCCAGAAUGAAAGAUGCGCUAUGGAACGUGUUGGAAGAUUCCUCUUCCCAACCAUUAGUCCUAGCAACAGGCCAAGGCACCACCUUAGGUGGCCCAUCCUUCCCGUAA